AUGUUCCCCUCCAUCAACUCAAUCAAGAAGCCCAACAAGAGUUUCAAUCUGCUGCAUCUGGAGACACAAGAGUAAUAUUUCCUCUCCCUCAAAGUGGCACUAAUACCCAGUGCAAGAAGCGAUGAAAUUCGAGGCAAAUUGCAUCUCUGUUCACGUUCAUUGGUUUUCGAGCCCAAAUCAUCGUAGUUGCCACUAAUGAAAAUGAAGUACAGCAAUGGGCUCUUUAUGAAAGUCAUCAAAAAUUUCGAACCCAAAUCACUUGGUCUUCUACUCAGCAUUCGUUGGGGCCCUCAGUUAAUGCAGGAGGAUAUCGAUCAACUCGAUUUAGCAUCAAUUUUAAAUCAAUAGAAGGGAGAAUAAAAAUCGAAUGAACUCUUAGAUAAACUUUACAAUAGAAACCGCAAGAACACUAUAUAACUCUCAUGCAACUGCUUCUUCAUAAAGGUCGACAAACUGUUCAUCGUUAAUCGCAAUCCCAUUAGUCCAUACAUCACCGAAACUUGCGACGACAACAUUUUAUUUACUAUCUCCAAAUCCAAUUCCAAACAGAUCCUUAUCCGAUUCCUCAAAUUGUACCAGGGAAUCAAUUAGGCGGAAGACGAAUUCACAUUCAUUAACCAAACAAUCCAACAAACCUUGAAUGAUAGUCUAGUAGAACACAAACAAAAUGUUGGAUCUGAAGGCCACAAAAUAGAAUUCGUUCAUAAAGUCAAACUUAUCAAACCUGAAGGAUCAAUCUUUGGAUUAUUCAGUAUUCAAAGAGAAGAAAUCUUGCAAUUCAUCCCAUUGAUUAAUUCACCAUCAGGCAAGACCCUAUAAUUCAUGUUCACUGAUAUCAAAUAUUUUCUCAAGUAUAGGUAUAUGUUUAAAAACAAUGGAAUCGAAUUCUGGAUGUACAAUAAAAAAAGAUCCUACCUUUUUGUCUUUGAUGACCAAACUACGUAAGAAUCUGUGUUUAAAUACUUCCAGAAAAAAGCAUCGAAGCAUUGUCUUUCAGCCUUGACUAAAGAAAAAAUCGCCGAAGAAUGGACUAAUGGUAACAUGUCUAAUUUUGAUUAUUUGAUGGCCUUAAACACUCUCGCCAAUAGAAGCUUUAAUGACCUCUCUGCCUAUCCAGUAUUCCCAUGGGUCAUUGCUGAAUACAAUGAGAAAGACUUUAAUGUUAAUUCUCCCACUUUUUUUCGGGAUCUGUCUAAGCCCAUGGGUGCCCUCAAUAAGCAUAGACUCUAAAAAUAUAAAGCAUUCUACAAAGAUCAAUUGAAGGAUAAGAAGUAAGAUCCCAAACCUUAUCUAUACCCUACACAUUAUUCCAGUCCUGGAACUGUUGUUUACUAUAUGAUCAGAAAAAUCCCUGAAUUUGUAAUUAAAUUAUAAAAUGGAGUCUUUGGACCCACUGACAGAAUAUUCAGAGGCAUCGAUUCUACUUGGUUCACCACUCUCAAUCUCCAUGCUGAUUCUAAAGAACUUAUACCAGAAUUUUAUGGAUUGGAUAGUGACUUUUUAGUUAAUUGUGAUAAAUUAGAAUUGGGCAUAACAUAAGAUGGGGAGGUGAUUGAUGAUGCAGUCAUUCCUCCAUGGGCAGAUAAUGCUCCAGACUUCUUAGCCAAAAUGAGGAUUGCUUUGGAGAGUCCAUAUGUUCAAGCCAAUCUCCCUUUGUGGAUUGAUUUGAUUUUUGGAAAUAAGGCAUCUGGAAAUGAAGCAAUUUAAAAUGAUAAUUUAUUCUAUCCUUACACUUAUGCAGAGAAUGUGAAUUGGGACAAAUGCAAAACUGAUAUUGAAAGGUAGGCUCUAGAGAUCUAAGUGACAGAGUUUGGUUAAGUGCCUUUGUAAUUGUUCUAAUCAGCACAUCCUCAAAGAAAGUUGAAAAUUUAAGGGAAUCUAAAGUAAUCGGAAGAUGAAAAGAGAGAGCUAAAAUAAUAAAAUUAGAAUUUAUAAAACAAAAUUUAAAAAUUAACUCAGUAAAUUUAAGAGAGUUAAGACAAUGACUAGGUUUUACAAUUGCAAGCCUAAUUGGGUGCUCUCUAAUGGGAAAAUGAGAAAUUGAAAUUCAAUCUUGAAACAUUUAAAUAAGAAAUGUUGACUAAUAAGGAGGUUAUUUAAACAUUUAAUUCACAAUUCGAUUAAGAGGAGUUUGAUAAGAAUGGAUUUGAUUUUCUUAAUGACGAUAGCCUCUUAGAUAGUUCUAAAAAACCCAUUUCAUGA